ACUGCUCCUUCAGUAUAUGAUCUGCGACCCCCCAAUGCCCCUUUUAGCUGUUGGCCAACUAGCCAAGCUGUGAAGGAGCCUUAUACUCAUUUUCGCAAAAGGGGCAGUGGUGAAACGAUUCGUCUAAAAUGGCUGCACAGCUCGCAUUUGGCACUGUGCCCCCCUUCUAUCGUGAAUUAUUUGAUACGAUAUGCGGAGGGCAGGAGAAGAUCGACUUCGAAACUUUCCAGACUCUGUUAGGAAAAUCGGGCCUAGCCAGACAGAAUCUUAGCACGAUUUGGGAGCUAACUGAUCCCCAGAAGAAUGGAUAUUUGACAAGAGAUGGCUUGUACAAGGCAUUUGCAUUGAUUGCACUUUCACAGCAAGGAAAAACUGUGUCAGAAAAGUCCCUUGAACUGCUCAUCGACUCAGAUCUUCCAAAGCCAAAUCUUGGGGAUUUGGCCGAACUUAAAUCUUUGAAAAUCAAAUUGAAAAGGACGAAAAACCCAAAUGUUCUUGGUUUUUCAUAUCCUGAGCUCCUAGAACUGGACAGAAUAGAGGUAGAGCUUGAGCCAGACAAAAAAGGAUUGAUCUUAAAGCACAGAGAGUACACAGUGUCAAGUAGGAAACACAAUACCAGUGUUCAGCGGAGAUACAAUGACUUUGUCAGUUUUCAUGAACUUCUGAUGUCCAGGUUUUUGUACAGGCUUAUACCAAAACUUCCACCAAAAAAGAUUGGAGCAAGUAAAGAAUUCAUUGAAGCAAGGCGAAGAGCCCUCAAGAGAUUUAUGAUGCUGGUUGUGAGACACCCAGUCAUGUCAAAUGACCCAAUUGUGACAUACUUUAUGACCUUCAAAGGAUCUGAUGUUGGACAUAAAAUAAAAGAACAUUUUAAAGGUGCACCUGACGAAUUCCUUACCAAUAGUCUUGCUUCACAAGCAAAGGAAUUGGUGCCUGCUGAUACCCAAGUAUGUCUGUCAUCCAGCAGACAACAGAUACAAAAUAUUCAUGUCAGUGUGCACAAAAUGAAGGAAAUGAUGGACCGAUUGUCUCUGAGAUCAUUAGGAAUGGGAGGGGAUAUGUACAGCUUCUCAAAGGAACUCGUGUGCUUAGCCAAUGAUCAGCAUGGAGCAACAAGCUGGGCAACAGGUGGAAAUGACACAUGGGAUAAACUGAAAAAAGGAUUUCGAUCAUUGUCAAAACCUUUUGGAUCCUUGGCAGAGAAAGGAGUAGUUUUUGGGGAGAAGGAAGAAGACCAAGUAUCUGACUAUUUAGCAACAUUUUUAGACCUAACAACUGGUUAUAAGGAGUUGCUGGAAAGGCACGAAAAAGGAGUCUUGCGUGACCACCAACUUGCACUACAUCGAAUGCAGCAAUAUAAGCAAAAAAGAAUGUCAGCAACUGUUAAAGGAAUGGAAGAUGCUGCAGACCAGCUAGAACACCGAAUUGUAGAACAGGAGGAUGCAAUUCACACAAUGGAAAACAGAAAUUAUUUCUCACUUUAUUGUUUGCAAAUGGAGACACAGCUAAUUCAUGCCAAUAUGGAAAUGCUAGCAAACAUGUUAAGGAAUUUAACUGACCUUCAAAUCAAAAAGCAUAAUGAGUUAUCACUGAUUUGGCAAGAAAUGAAAACAACAGUUGACUCAACUUUGCCUGCAGAGUUGUCUCCCAGUGGCACACCAAUCCGAGCUGGGUCACCACCAUUCUAGUUUGCUGUUUGAGUAUCAAGUUAAUUUCAUGAAAACAAUUGGGUAAUCAGCUUUAUACCACCUAUGUAUAUAUAUGUAACUCUUGAAUUUUACCUCACAUUAUCUAUUUUUAUAGAAUUUAUUGGCAGUGAUCAUAAUGCAAAUAUGAAACAUUGUCACUUUUGAUGGGACUACAAUUUUACCUUGAAAUAACCCAUUCCCACCAUGAUGCAUUCAAGGAUGUGUUUUGAUGAAUAAGCAUGCUUGUUUCUAUAUGUAUGCUGCUGCUGUAUCCACUUUUGGUUCUGAACCAAUUAUCCAGGUUCUGCAGAGAUCUGUAACAUGACCCAGGUUGUCAUGUUACACUAUAACUCAAAGUUUAGAAAGUCCCUUUCUGUGCUUUUUAAACAGGUAGCAUCAUACACCCACUCCAAGGAUUGAACAAAAUAUCCCAUUGGACCUUUUUUCUGAAGAAAAUUGUUUGAAUAAUCAGCAAUGUUUUCAUGAUGGGAAGACAGUCUGGGUUAAAAAGAGUUCAUUGUUUUUUGCCUCAGAAACUAAAAUAGAAAGCCCUAAUGUAUUGAGCUGUAUAUGUUUAUCAAACCAAAGAAUUAGUCGUCUUUGGGGAGCUCACAUCUAAUUAUUUUCCUUUUCAAGACCUCCUCCUUCUUCUUCUUCUUCUUCUUCUUCUUCUUCUACUUCUUCUUCUUCUUCUUCUUUGCUUUAUUCCCAGCUGGGGUUGGCAAUUCUUGUACCUCACCACCAAAAGGUCUAUCAUAAGCAUCUUCUAUUCUGAUGUUUUUUUUCUCACAUCUUCUUCAAACACUCUCCAUCUCAAUCUUUAUCUUCCUACAGAUCUUUUAUUUUCCACUGGUAGUUCCCAUGCUCUUUUCAAAACCAAUGUUUUCUAAUUUGCAUUUAUCGCUAAAUGGUGAAGCAAAUACAAAACUCUUCAAGAUUCCCUCUGCCAUUUUGUAGCUGCAAGAAAGAAGUUAUCCAACCAGCCUCCAGCAUUUUGCAUCUCCAUUUGUCUCAGUUUCUCCUAUAGCUAGUACAGUGACUUGUAUAAAGAGCUGUUAUUUGACAUUCAUGAAAGAAAAUUUGUUAUAAAAGAAAUUCUGUAAUGAGGAAAAGUAUUAAAACAAUCAAUAAUGAAGACACCCAACUAAACAAUCUUGAAAGUUAAGUCAGUAUCUAGAGCAUCAUAUUCAAACUCAAUACUCACUCUUUCUGGUCUCCAAAUUUGCCAACACAGCAAUCCUUUUUGUUCUCUUCACCCUGAGAAAAACUAUUUUUCAAAAGGCAGAUAAUUGGCAUUACCCAAUCAAUAAAUUCCUGUGACUGGAUACUUUAAGUGUUCCUGCCUCAACUAUGAUAGUCUGGUACUAUUAUGUAAUUGGAAAAUCAGGAUUUUUCAAAGGAAUAACCUUUCAUAGCUUACCUCCCCUCCCUUCUUUGCAAUUGUGAAACAAUCUUGUCAACUAUGAAAUGACAGUUAAAAAACUAAGGUGAGUUUUCUAUCAAAAUAUUUUGUUUUUGCCUUUGAAGAUCACUGAAAUAUUAUUAUGCCUUAUUUUGUGGUUAAUUGCCAUCCUUAUCUAUCAUAAGAAGUAGACUAAACAAAGGUUUAACAAGUAAGAAUACUUCAAAAAUUAAUGUGAUUAUUGAUGCUCAGUACAAGAGUUUCUGGUCAAUCUCUAUUUUGAGAUUUAUUGUCAAUAGUAUUUGAUUUUGAUCUAGAAAUACUCAAGUUUGUUUGUCAAGCAAAUAUAUUUUUGGUAUUGUUUAAUGCAUUUUGACACAUAAUAAUAUAAUAAGUCUUAUGUUUUAUUAGAUUAUGUUGUAUAAAGAGCAACUAAUGAAUUGAUCACUGCCUGUAUUGCUUUUGUGAUUUAAUCUGAUAAUACAGAUUGUAAUUUGUAUUAAGUAAAUCACACCAUGGUUAAUUAUUUUCGUUCUGAUUUCAUCAAUGAACAAGAAUAUUGAUAACCAAAC